UAAUAACCCGGAAAAAUGCGUCUGUGACGUCUUCUAAGAUUUGCAGCAGCAACUCAUUUCAUUCCCGUACCAUCAAGUGGUCUCGUGAUAACCAAUUUUCCGAAAAAAAAUAACCCUCUAGACAAGUCCACCGGUCGAAAAUGGCACUCGACCGAUAAGACGGUCCAUAACACAUCAAAGAAGAGUUAUUCGAUGACGAAACGUUUCGCAUGGAUACCGUCAAGAUCAUUAUCACCUGCUGAUAAGCCACGACAGGUACAAAACCGACCGGAUCGCGACGUAAACUCCAUUCCUGAAAUCACACACGAACGAGACAUCGCGCUUUGCGGUAAUUAAUAAAAAGUGUGCGGUGUUGUUGUCGAUGUAUAGUGGCGGGUUAGCGUCCAUCGAAAUGGGUCUUCCGUGCUGUAAAUGGUUCGCUAUAAGUGUGUGGUGUUUGAGUAUGACGGGGAUUUAUGGCUACAGCAUACGGCCGAUAGAAGAAAAUGGCCAACCAAUUAACUUAGACAGGGACCUUUUAUUCCCUUAUGACAAAAGUCAAUUCCGAGACAGUUUUGAAGAUAAAGAAAAAGAGGACAUGUACGAAAGUACCAAAUUCGAAUCCACCAAACUUCCAGGUGCUGAUGACGCUGAAAAUCGAUUGUUUUUGUUUUUCGUAAACAACGAUAAAUACACUGGAGCCGACAAUACCUCCACUCCUUUGGACUCUUGGUCAGUGGUUUGGUAUAUCGCUUCUUUUGGGGGCCUUAUCGUGUUCUUCCUCAUUGUUUCGUGUUCCGAGUGGUGUUGCCGAAGAGCUCUCCGGAACAGUCAGAACUGUGGCAGGAGUGCCCCCGCCGCCACCACCCUCAACGUGCCCGAUACGCCGCCCCCAUCUUACGACCAAUUCGCUCCUCCUUCGUAUGAGAGUAUCUGUCUAGGGAGAAAUGGUAGAGGCGGUGAGAAGAGCGAGUACGACAUUUAUGUAGUUCCUGUCCAUGCUUUUGCACCUAUUAUGGAGAGUCGGCAGGAAGAUGCGCCCCCUUCGUAUUUCAGUGCUUCUGGUCACAGCUUUGUUCCAGCCGUGACGGAAAACAAUCAAGUGUUGAGAGUGACGUGAAACAAGAAAACAAUAAAACGAGUUUAUUGCUUGAUAAGAGAUCUGAAGGCGAUAAAUGAAUGUUGAGAAACUCGACCAAAUAUGAGAUUAUCGUAAUGUUGGGGCGCUGAUAUCGCACAUUGUGAUAUUAUAGUGAUAUGAGGAAGUAUUACGGACUGGUGGAUGAGCCAUAAUUCUUAGGGUGUAGAGUUGACUCGAAACAGUAUUACUUUAUUACCCAAAACUUGUGCCUUAUUUAUAAGUCUACUUAACUAUAAGACUGUCAGAGUUGUAGAUUAAGUUUUGUACCUGCUUGUAAAUAAUUUAUUUAUACGUCUCUUGUAUGUGAUAUUAUGUUUGUAUAAAGUGACGUCAGUGAAAUCACUGACCACUGUAUUGUUCUACACUAAUAAGUGAUAAAUAAAAUCAAAACAAUCUCUA